GAGCACUUGAUCAGGAAGGGUUCCACGUAAGUAUCCACACACGUGCACAAACAUCACACACCGCACCGUUCCACGAAUGCACACCACACACGCACGCUGACAGAACAGAGAUAUCGCGUCACUUCGACGGGCGCACCGACAACAAUGUCAAGAACAGAUGGAACAGCACACUCAAGUAGCCCCACACCCACACCAGCACCCACACAAACACGCCCGCUCCUCUGUACACGAAGUAGCACCAACGGGCCAUCACAUCACUCGAUGGUGGCCGGGUCCACCCCCUUCCACGCGAAUCGCUUGUUCACAUUGAGGCCGUCCAGCUCCUGCAUCUGCUCGUCGGUCAGCACGAAUCCCUCAUCGAAUAGCUGGAUGUUGGCGGCGAUGUGGGCAGUGUUGCUCGACCGCGGCAGCACCGCAUCGCCCUUCUGCAGGCCGUAGCGCAGCAGCACUUGAGAGGCACUCUUGCCGUGCGCUGAGGCGAUCGACCUAACAUCCGCACACACACACACACACACAGACACACACACACACACACACACACAACGAGGGUCUGUCCCUCCCUCCCUCUAUCCCUCUCCUUAAGUACGUGACUGUAGGGUGGCCGAGGAGUGUGUGCGUGCCGUCCUUUGCCCCCGCCCCCAGCGACGAGUAUGCCUGCACGAUGAUGCCGCUCUCGCGGCAGAAGUCGACGAGCUCGUCCUGGACCAGCAGUGGGUGCAACUCGAUCUGGUUCACCAUCGGCUGCAUACCAGACACGCGCAGUGGGUAUCCUCCCACACCCACACCCACACAAACAAGCAAGCGUCAUUCUUUCGGCUGACCUUGACUGUGGCGUGCUGCAUGAUGUGUUUGAGGUGGGCGAUGGAGAAGUUGGAGACGCCGAUGGCCUUGGCAGUGCCGUCGCUGUAGAGCUGCUCGAGCGCACGCCACGUGUCGAGCCGCGUCUGGGCGGUGAAGUCAGCAGGGAUGUCGUACUGCUUGAACAUAUGCCGGCCUGCCACACGGACACACACACACACACACACACACAUGCAUGGACACACACGCACGCACAUGCGCUUCUGUUCCCAUCUCACCAGGUCCAGGCCAGUGGAUGAUGAUCAGAUCCACAUAGUCGACGCCCAGCCGCCGGAUGGACUGCCUGGCGCACUCGAGCGUCUUGUCAAAGCCGUGGUAGCUGCGCCAGACCUUGGUCUCGAUGAACAGGUCCUCCCGGGGUAUGGAGGCCUUGCGCAGCACCUCGCCGAUCUCCUUCUCAUUGUCGUACACCCACGCAGCUGCACACACAAACCGAUGGAUGCGGGAAGGAAUCAGACGGCCGAUGGGCUUGUUUGCUUACUGUCGAGCAUUCGAUAGCCAGCGGCAAAGGCAGCCUCCAGCGGCUUCUUCACCUGCGCUCAUACACAGGCAUCCCCUGGCUCUUUCUUUGCCAUUCCCAUGGCUCAUCUAGCUUGUUCAUCUCACCUGCCCCUUCUUGAGCGUGUAAGUGCCGAAUCCGACACAGGGCAUCUGAACGCCGUUGUGCAGCCUGACGCUGGGGAUCAUGCCCUAUGCUGCCUGGGCAUCGACUGCAGCGGCUUGAGCAGCGGGCUGAUCAUGAAUCAUGCGGGGAUGCUUGGCGUCUGCAUCUGCUGCAUCUGCCGCGUCUGCUUCACACUCCUGCUUCUUGCGCUUCGCCGGCAUUUCUUUC